AAGUCCAAUAGCAUAGCGACCUUCCUGACAUUAGGCCUAGAUCUAGUUCUAAGUGUAUAUUGAAAAUGUCGUUGGCAUUGGGAAGGCUACGUCCGAUUGUUACGUUUUUGGCCAAACGUAACAGACAAGUAAAUUUGGCUACUGUACGAUAUGAGGGAACAGUUGUCUACCGUAAACAGUUUCUUCAGGAGCCUCCUUCUUUGAAAUUCGCUGGAACAGCCUUGAGCUUUGUAUUGUGGUAUUGGGUAUUAUAUCAUUGCUGGUAUGAAUUUGAUCAUUUAAAAGGACACGCUAUCCCAGAUGCUUCAAAAUGGACAAAUGAAGAGUUAGGGAUACCUCCUGAUGACGAAGAAUAAUAUUUUGUUUCAAAUAGAUUUAGAAAAAUUGUUGAAUGAUUCUUGUGUGAAUACUGUCAAUUUGCCAUUGAUUUCAUUUAGUACAUCUUUUGUUUGAAUAAAUGGCAAUCAAAUUUAUAAUUUUGUGCAUAUUUGUAUGUCUGUAAGUCAGUUUUAAACGUUUAUUGGAGAUAAGUCUCUCGUCAACAUGAGCACUGUGGUUGUUGACUGAUAUUUAUUAUAGCUAACUUAGUAGAGACUUGAUGAGCUAAGCAAUUUGUUACUUCCAAAGUUCCAGAAGAUGUACUGUUGUAACUUAACUAGUAAAAGAUACUUAGAUACUAACCUGAUAUAUAUCUAUUUGAAAAUGUAAGUAGGGUAUUUUAAUAUGUAAUAAAAAAAGACUCAAAUCAAUUCA